UGGCAGCCCUGGCAUUUGUUUUUGCGGCUGAAGAGUCGCUCGCUUACGUUUAAGUAAAUUUUCUUAAAUAAAAUGGCCACAAAACGACCCAAUAAUAGUGUGAUGCUGGCGCAAGAACCUAAGCGCAGCAAAAAUGACAUUGUGGCAUAUACAAAUCGGGAUAAAGCGCUGCUGGAAUCGGGCGUGCGACGCACCUCCAAUCUGCAGGCGCCUAUUAUGCAGCUGGAGGGCCAUGAAGGAGAAAUAUUUACGACAGAAUUUCAUCCGGAAGGCGAAAUGCUGCUCUCCUCCGGCUUCGACAGGCAGCUAUAUAUCUGGCAGGUGUAUGGCGACUGUGAGAACAUAAUGGCCAUGUCGGGUCACAGUGGUGCCGUCAUGGAGGCGCAUUUUACGCCGGAUGGCUCGCAUAUAUUCACCUGCUCCACAGACAAAACGCUGGCCAUUUGGGACAUUGUUACGGGUCAGAGAGUGCGACGCCUGAAGGGCCAUACGAACUUUGUGAACAGUGUGCAGGGCUCGAGGCGUGGCCAGCAGCUGUUGUGCUCCGGCAGCGACGAUCGCACCAUACGCAUUUGGGACGCACGCAAGAAGCAGCCGGUGCACGUCCUGGAAUCACCUUACCAAGUGACAGCCGUCUGCUUUGGCGACACCAGCGAGCAGGUCAUCAGCGGCGGCAUCGACAACGAGUUGAAGAUCUGGGACAUACGCAAGCAGCAGGUGCUGCACCAUCUGCGUGGCCAUACGGACACAAUCACAGCGGUUGCCCUGUCCCCGGAGGGCGACUUUGUCCUGACCAAUGCCAUGGAUAACACGCUGCGCGUGUGGGAUGUGCGCGCCUAUGCGCCCGGCGAGCGUUGCGUCAAGGUCUUCCAGGGACAUCAGCAUAACUUUGAGAAGAAUCUGCUGCGCUGCGCCUGGGCGCCGGGUGGCGAUAAGAUCAGCGCCGGCUCAGCGGAUCGACACGUCUACGUGUGGGACGUGAAUACGCGGAGAAUACUGUACAAGCUGCCCGGACACAAUGGCAGCGUGAACGAUGUGGACUUCAGUCCGAAGGAACCUCUCAUAUUGUCCGGCUCAAGCGAUAAGACCUUGUAUCUGGGCGAGAUUGAGGAUUAGCUACGGUAGAUGAUUUCAGAAUCAGUGAGAUUGAGAAGGAGAUGCUGAAGUUUUGUUCUGAGGAUUGAGCUGGGAUUUGAGAUUAGCUGAAUGAUUCAUACUUAAGCGAUAUUCGAUACUUAAGCAGGGAAGCAUCAAGAUUAACAACUUGAUUAUAACUCAAGUGAGAUUUGAUCGGUUAGCUCUUUAAAGAUUCUCUUCCUGUAUUCCUUCCUUCAUUGAUCGAGGCAAGAUUCAAUAUCAACUGCUGAUCUAUUUUUUACCA